GCCGGGGCCUGCGGGGAGAGGCGGAGACCGACGCGAGACGGUGACACGGCGCCCGGGUGUGCCCCUCUUCCUGGGCCUGACUUUGGCAGCCUCACGGUGACUGGACCGAACGUCGGCAUGUUUUGGUACCACUUUACACGGGAGUCUGUGGGCUCGUGGUGGAGACGCUGGGACUCGUUUAGCUCUUUGUGCCAGGCGUGAGGGGGCGCCGCGUGGGCCAUGCCUGGUCCCUGCUGCCCUCGCCGUGCGGCCGGUCUGCUCCCAGCGCCGCCUCUGGGCUGUGGGGUGGAAUCUCCGGGAACGAGCUGACGCCAGGCUCUGUCCUCGGAGUGGACUCGGGCGUGCCCUCGGCAAGCAGCGUUGCAGUCCGUUUCCUUCACAGCAAACUACUCACUUAGCCAUUAAACGGAUCCUUCAGCUGGGGUGCCUGCCCUGAGGAUGAGCAUUACUGGAUCAUCAGACUCCACUUGGAGAGAAGAAACAACUCUUGCUCCAGACCUGGAUACAUCACCUGUGGUCAACUCUAGUAAUCUGCUCUGCCAUCUCAGGACUCUGCCCUUCCCCAAGAGAGGAACCAGAAGAAGAACCCAUCAGCCCUUGAAAUUCUAAAAGUCAUGUUCCUCGGGUCAGAAUUAUUCAGGGAUGUGGCCAUAGUCUUCUCUCAAGAAGAAUGGCAAUGGCUGGCACCUGCUCAGAAGGAGUUGUACAGAGACGUGAUGUUGGAGACCUACAGCAACCUGGUCUCACUGGGCCUUGCCAUUUCCAAACCUGAUGUGAUCUCCUUCCUGGAGCAAUGCAGAGAGCCCUGGAUGGUAGCAAGAAUGCUGACAGAAAGUCUGUGCCCAGAAUUGGAGCCCAAAGAUGACACCCAAGUAUUACCUCCAAAGCAGCAUGUUUGUGAAGUUAAAUCACCCCAGUGGGAGAUAAUAGAAAGCCUUGCAAGUUAUGGUCUUGAAUGCUCAAGUUUUCAAGAUGAUUGUGAUUGUAGAAGCCAGUUUAACAGACAACUGGGAAAUUCAAAUAGACAUUUCAGUCAGAUGAUAAUCAGUCAUGAAGAAAUGCCCACUUUUCACCAGCAAGCAUCCCUUACCUUUUACCAGAAAAUUCACAAUGGAGAUAAACCCUGUGAAUAUAGUAAAUGUAGAAAAGACUUCUGGCAGGAGGAAUUCCUUAUUAAUCAUCAAGGACUUAAUGAGAAACCCUAUAAGUGUAAGGAAUGUGGGAAGGCCUUUAAAUAUGGCUCACGACUAAUUCAGCAUGAGAAUAUUCAUUCUGGUAAGAAACCGUAUGAAUGUAAGGAAUGUGGUAAGGCCUUUAAUUCUGGUUCAAAUUUCAUCCAGCAUCAGAGAGUUCAUACUGGUGAGAAACCUUAUGAAUGUAAGGAUUGUGCAAAGGCUUUUAGUCGAAGCUCACAGUUGAUUGAACAUCAGCGAAUUCAUACUGGUGAGAAACCCUAUCAGUGUAAAGAAUGUGGCAAGGCCUUCAACCGGAUCUCACAUCUUAAAGUACAUCAUAGAAUCCACACUGGUGAAAAGCCCUAUGCAUGUAAAGAAUGUGGGACGACCUUUAGUCAUCGGUCUCAGUUGAUUCAACAUCACACUGUUCAUACUGGCAAGAAACUGUAUGAAUGCAAGGAAUGUGGGAAGACCUUUAAUCAAGGCUCAACUCUUAUUCGACAUCAGAGAAUUCAUACUGGUGAGAAACCUUAUGAAUGUAAGGUGUGUGGAAAGGCCUUUAGGGUAAGCUCACAACUUAAGCAACAUCAGAGAAUUCACACUGGAGAGAAACCCUACCAAUGUAAAGUUUGUGGUAGGGCCUUCAAACGGGUCUCACAUCUUACUGUACAUUACAGAAUCCAUACGGGUGAGAAACCGUAUGAAUGUAAGGAAUGUGGGAAGGCAUUUAGUCAUGGCUCACAACUUAUUCAACACCAGGUAAUUCAUACUGAAGAACAGUCCUGUGAAUAUGAAGAAUGUGAGAGGACCUUAAGUCAUGACUCAGCUACUGUUCAACAUCAGAGAAUGCAUAAUACAGGGACACAUGUGAAUACAAGAAAUGUGGAAAAGCCUUCUAUUAGCCCUUAUCCCUUAUUAAUUAUCAGAGAAUUUAUGUUGGCAAGCAACCAUUUGAAUGAAAGUAACGGUGAAAGCCCACUAGCUUAGACAAAUCACAACCUCUGUGUCUUAGAGAAAGACUUGAAGAAAGGAAUGUAAUACAUGAGAAUGCCUCCAUUCAGAGUUAUAUUAAAGUCAUAAACUUCAUAUAAAAAAAAAACUAUGUGGAUGUAAAUUGUUUAGACUGUGAUUGUCCAAGAAGCAGAGAAAGGUUGGAAAUAAAUUUGUCUCUAAAACAUUCCAGAACCACAUUUUCUGACCAUGGUGUGAUAAUUUUAACAGUAGUCGAAAAGUUUUAGUUUUCUUUGGGGAAGAUACAAUAGCCAAAUUAUUUUUGGCUUAACAAGGAAAUAAAUCAUGAAAUUGUUCUGAAUAGUAAUGAAAAGAAAAUUUUUAUGUGCUACAAGAUGGUAGCCAAAGAUACCUCCAGAAGAAUUUUUAGUCUUUAAAAGCAUGCAUGUAUACAAAAACCAAAAAGACUAUUCACAUACAAUAACUGGACUAUUCAAGACUACCAAACAUC